AUGCCAUCCCAUGGCGCACAACCCGAUCGAAAACCGGCGGUUAACCGACGGUUUUCGAUCGAUGAAGAAAUCCAUGAAGAAAGUGCAAAACACAAAAAGAAAAAAAGAACAACAAAAUAUUGGGUUAAAUUAUCUGUGUUUGAUAAUAAAUGGAUCAAAUCAAAUGGUGAGGCAACCAAUAAAGUAGUAAAAGACGAUGGUACAUUUAGAGAACGUCAUGUCCUAUCAAGGUUUUUAGUAAUAGCUUCAAAUAUAAUUAAUAAUUGGUCAAUUGAACGUGAUCCAUCUUCAACAAAUGCAAAACUUUUUACUGUAAAACCAACAAUAUGUUUGAAUUUAUGGACUUCAUCCUAUCAGUGGGCAAAAUCAACAAAAGAUGUUAUCUGUCGUCAAGAUGAUGUUUCCAAAAAAUAUUACAUACCAGCUCGUAAUUUAGAAUCUAUUUCACAAGCUGAUUUAAAUAAAUAUGUCAACAGAAAAUGGACAACCUUCAACCACUUCAAAAACUCUUUUGAUAUUUGGUGCUUGGAAAUUAAAAAUGGUUCAGAUUGGAAAACAUCGAGAUGCACCUGUCCAGCUUUUCUUAAAAAUUAUAUAUGCAAGCAUAUCGUUGGGAUGGGGAUUCGCUUAAAACUUUGUAAACCACCACCGGCAGCAAAGAACGUGCCGAUUGGCGCAAAAAAUGAAAUAGUAUGGGGAUGGCAUAUACAACCAGUAAAUGGUACAACUAAAAAAGCUCCACUUGCUUUUCUUAUUCAUGGUGGUCCGCAAGCUAGUUGGUAUGAUGCAUGGACUUACGUUCAUAAUUUUCAAGUAUUUGCAUCACAAGGUUACGCUGUUAUUGCUAUUAAUUUUCAUGGAUCUGAUUCAUAUGGACAAAACUUUACUGAUAGUAUUAAGGGUCAAUAUGGUACAUUCCCGUAUGAAGACUUACAAAUAGGACUUCAAGAAGUUUUACAACGCUAUAGUUAUAUUGAUGAAAAUCGAGUUAUAGCAUUGGGUGGUAGUUACGGUGGUUAUAUGGUCAAUUGGAUUGCUGGCCAUCCAGAAAUGAGUCAACGUUUUAAAACACUUAUUUCUGCUGCUGGUUUAUUUGAUCUAAGAGCAAUGGCUUAUUCAAUGGAUACACUGGUGCUUAUUGAACAUGAAGUCGGUGGUUUUACUCCCUAUGGAAAUCCGGAUGCAUUUGAAAAAUAUAAUCCGAUCAAUCACGUUGCAAAUUGGAGUCAACCAAUGUUAAUUAUUCAUUGUGGUCAUGAUUAUCGUGUGCCUGAUACACAAGGAAUUAGUGCAUUUACAGCCUUACAACGACGUGGUAUUCCAAGUCGAAUGCUUUAUUUUCCUACAGAAAGCCACGCGAUAUCGAAUCCACACAAUUCACUUAUUUGGCAUCAAGAAGUAUUUGAUUGGAUGAACAAAUGGAUCGCAUAG